GCAAGAUGUGCGACAAACGGCUGUGCGCCUGCGAGAAGAAAGCAAGGCCGGGCUUCAUGAAUCCGAACGACGAACGUGUGAAGGCUCUCGAGCAGGCCUACGCAGAAUUUGCCAAAAUCGACAGCAAAUCGCUGCUGAAGAAACACUUAACGCAGCAGGUGUUCGAUGCGCUGAAGACACGCGUAACCAACUCUGGCUCCACUUUGAUGGACGUGAUCCAAUCGGGUUUGAAGAACCCAGACUCCGGCAUUGGUUUGUACGCACCCGAUCAGCACGCUUACGACGUGUUCUCAGCCCUGUUCAACCCAGUGAUCGAAGAGUAUCAUAUUAAUUUCACGUCGGACGACGUUCACCCGGACUUGGAUUGGGGUGAACCAGAGCAGCUAGGAAACCUCGAUCCCGAGGGACAGUUCGUGAUCUCGACGAGGAUUCGUUGCGCCAGAUCGGUCAACGGAUAUCCGUUAAAUCCCACCAUGACUGAGGCUCACUAUAUAGACUUGGAGGCGAAGAUACUGCAGGCCUUAAACUCGUUAGAGGGCGAACUGAAAGGGACUUAUUACAGUCUGGUCUCGAUGGACAAAGAGACGCAACAACAACUGAUAGACGAUCACUUUCUAUUUAAGGAGGGUGAUCGAUUUUUAGAGGCGGCCAACGCCAAUAGGUUCUGGCCAAGCGGCAGAGGAAUAUUUUUUAAUGAUGCGAAAACUUUUCUCGUCUGGUGCAACGAGGAGGAUCACAUGCGUCUGAUAUCGAUGGAAAAGGGUGGAAACCUGUCGUCCGUGUACUCGAGGCUUGUUAAAGCGGUUACCGAAGUCGAGAAGAAAAUACGAUUUUCACGACACCCUCGGUUCGGCUUCCUCACCUUCUGCCCGACCAAUCUGGGAACAACCAUCAGGGCCUCUGUUCAUGCCCGCUUUCCUAAAUUGAGCGAAGAUUACGCAAGAUUCAGAGAAAUCGCGAACAUGUACAAUCUUCAGGUAAGAGGCACCAGGGGCGAGCACACCGAAGGCGAAGAAGGUGUUUACGAUAUCAGCAACAAACGUCGGCUGGGCUUGACCGAGAGAGAAGUGGUUUUCGAAAUGAGAAAUGGAGUGCUCGAACUGAUCAAACAGGAGAAGCAACUACAGGGUGACUGAACGGCGAUAUCACCCGUCUUUCCAAGAGAAAUCGACGAACGUCCGGAAACUGUAAACUAUUUCGUCGAUUUCAGCCUGAUUUAAUCAUUCUUGUGAUUCUUAAUAAAAAUCGGAAUAUCUCAACUGUAUCGAUUAACGUUCCCUCGCCGGUAUAUUUCCGUUUCGGGCACGAACCGUUUCCUACUGGUUAUCGACAAGUCGGAGCAGCGCUUGUCUAUUCUGAAACGUCUGAAACAUUCUCUCGCUCGUCGAGUCUCAACUAAAGAAAUAUCGAUGCUUUAUUAACCGUUCUGGUGCACCGUUUGUAAUAUCGAUUACGUUUAUACAAGAAACCAUAUAGUUUAUGUAUACCAUUUACACACUGUUUUUAUCUGACUUGCAAACUAGUUUAUUUAAUUUAAUUUUGUUGCUCCAUGAU